AUGUCUUCCGGCAAUGCUACUACCCAAAUCCUUACGACUGUUCAGAAGACUUCCCAGUUGCCUUUGCUUGACCGGCGAUUUGCAGUGCUCAAGGCGUCCCUUGUCAAGACGGAAAACAAGCAGAAAGUAAUUGAAUCGUACGGACGCCUUCUCGAUGUCCUGAGCUCGGAAGUCAAACGUAUUCAGAAUUCCGGGCCCUUUAUGGUUCCUGAGAUUGACUUCGAAGAUUUGCGAAAGAAUGGGGGCGAUCUUCCUCCAGAUUUUGCCGACCUUGUCCGAGACAGAGGCUGCGUGAUCCUGCGCAAUGUUGUUCCCGAAGAGCAAGCAGUUGAAUGGGGAGCCAAGCUCAAGGAUUACGUUCAUCGCCACCCCGGAGUAGGCGGUGUCCCUUUCAACAAACCCGCCGGGUGGAACGUCUACUGGACCGAGCCUCAGGUCCAGAUUCGGUCACACCCAGCAGUCCUGGAAGCAAUGAACAGCGUGUCUCGAUUGUGGUACGUCUCCGACCCGUCACUGCCGAUCGAUCUCGGUACGCAGGUCGUGUAUCCAGACCGGAUCCGGAUCCGCCAGCCGUCCGACGACCCCGACCAAUUUCCCCUGAAGCCUCACCUCGACAGUGGCGGGACCGAACGCUGGGAAGACGAGGCUUACCGGCGCAACUACGCCGCCAUCUUCGAAGGUCGAUGGCAAGAUUGGGAUGGAUGGGCGGCAGACGAACGCCUCAACGCCCGCAGCGACCUGUACGCCAACGAGACGUCUUGCUCGGCCUGGAGAAGUCUCCAAGGCUGGAUGUCCCUGUCGCACACCAACACCGGCGAGGGCACGCUGCGCCUCCUUCCCAGCCUCAAGGCGUCCGUGGCAUACCUGCUCCUCAAGCCUCUUUUCGUCGACGGCGAGUUUGACGAAUCCCAACCCACAUUCCCGGGCGCCACUCCCGGGAGCACGCAGUUCUUCCCGAGCCCCGAACACCACCCUCACCUGGCCCUCGACCGGGCCCUGAUCGGGAUCCCUCCCGUCAAGCCGGGUGACUAUGUCUUCUGGCACUGUGAUUUGGUCCACGGCGUGGAUUCCACCAAUCCGGGAGAGAACGACUCCACCGUCUUCUACAACGCAUGCAAUCCUCUGACGCCGUACAAUCUCGACUCUCUGCUCAGCACCCGGGAAGCAUUCCUGAAAGGCGUACCGCCGCGUGACUUUGAGAGGCUACAAGAAGGGUAUGAGGUGGAAAACCAGCACGAGGACUGCGGUGCGCGCUUGGAGAACAUUCUAUGCGACGAUGGAUUGAGGGCAAUGGGAUUUUUGGCGCUGGAUGAGGAUGCCGAAGGGCUGACAGAGGGACAAAAAAGAAUGAGGGUGUUGGCAAAUGAAGUCUUGGGGUUGUAA